AUGUCGCCGGCGGAUCAAACGUAUAAGAGGAAAAAAAGGUCAGCAGGAAGACUGCGCCGGCUGUCGCACAUCUUCGCCAUGGUGCUGGAGCUCCCGUUCGCAGCCGAGGUGGACGUGUCCGUCGAGGAGGACGCGGCAGCGCUGCGGUUCGUCGUCGACGUCAACGGGUUCUCCUCCCCCGCGGGUGGCCCCCGCGCGCACGCCGUCGAGAUCCACCCGGGGGUCACCAAGGUCGUCCUCCGGGGCCUGUCCUUCGGCGCCCACGACGACGACGAUGGGGCAGGCGCCGCCUUCGAGCUCGACCGCUGGCGGUUCCGCCUCCCUCCCUGCACGCGCCCCGCCGUGGCCACCGCCACCUACGCCCAGGGCGAGCUCGUCGUCACCGUCCCCAAGGGCGCCGGCCCCGACGACGGCGACGGCGAUGCGACCGCUGCUGCCCUCGGUGGCACGGACCGCGUCCUCGUGCUUGUAUAGUCCUAUAAUCCCAUUCCCAUCCAUGACUCGUCUCGACUUCGCCUGUUUUGCUGGUUCGCCUCCUGUUUCUGUUUUUGUUUCUAGUACUGCUAAUAUCAAUAUUGAUAUCAUGCGCGAGAUGAUGAUGAUGAUGAUAAACAUAGCAGUUAGAGUAAUAAUAAUAAUGCCUGUGGAUCCGCCUUUGCUGCUAAUUCUCUGUCCAAACUUUGUCAUUUCAUUGUGCACUUUGUCAGCAGUUUCUCCAGCUUUAAUAAAAACACUUGUAGCAUGCAGUUCAGCUCAUGCUGAUGAGCCAUUGCAGUUGCAGCGCUUGGUAACC